AUCAAUGUCACCAUCGUAUAAAUAAGACUAACCUAAAAGUACAGCCCAGAAAUAAUUUCCUAAUUGUUUUACUUUUAGGCCUAUAAUUAUAAAAAAUACAUAAAAUAAAUUGAAAUAAUAUCAAUAAAAAUGUUAACACGGAUGAUUCGGUGUUCAGCUGAAAUAUUACAACCAGCAAAAAUUGAACUAUAUUUCAGUGCAGGGAUCAAAUACUUUCCCCCACCUAAAAACUAUGAUGACAUUGAAAUACCUGAAAGACAAAGGUUGAGGGUUUAUGAAAAAGUCCCAAUGUAUCCAUCGAACCUGAAACCUCCUAAAAUGCAAAAAAGGCUCAGAUACAUGAGGGGCCCCGAGUCACUGCACACUACUCUCCAACUGAAGCAAUAUGGUGUUGUUGCUACUGGUGGUGGAAGAUUACGAUUUGAGCACUUUGAAAUGGCGCGUUUAGUAGUAGCUCGUAAGUUAGACCAGAAGAGAAUGUUUGCUAUCUGGAGAGUUGACCCUCCGUGGCAGCCUGUCACGAAAAAAGGCCAGGGUCAGAGAAUGGGCGGAGGAAAAGGCGCCAUUGAUCAUUAUGUGACCCCUGUGAAAGCAGGUCGAAUCAUUUUGGAAGUUGGCGGCAAGUGUGAAUAUGCUGAGGUGUUCCAAAUGCUGAAAAUAGUUGCUGAAAGGUUGCCAUUCAAAGCAGAACCAGUGUCUCAAGAAAUAAUGGAGAAAAAAGCACUAGAUGAAAAAUGGAAAGAGGAGAAUAAUAUAAACCCUUACACAAUGAAGUACAUCAUACAGAAUAAUAUGGGAGGUUGCCAUAAAAUGCUUUCGCCAUUUGAUCACAAGUGGUAUGGCAAAUAUCUGUAAAUUAAAUAAUUUGUACAUUAUUCGUUAUAAUAAUAUAGUUUUAGCUAAAUAUAUAUAUAUAUAGAACUAAAA